AUAACUUUACCUGAAAGAAAAGAAUAAAUUUCAGAAAGCAACUUUUUAUUUCUCACUGAUAUUUGUAGAUAUGGCCUAUAUAUAUAUAUAUAUAUAGCUUGGCAGAAUGAAAAUUCAUAUUGUUCCAUAGUUAUGGCUGAAUCAGAAACAUAUUCAACUUUAGGAUUAUAUGAUUCGGCUGGAAGAGAUUCAGAAAGACCUCGGGUGUUAGUGCUUCUUGCAUCUGCUCUUGAGAGGUGUAUUCAAAAGAAUGAAAGAUUGUUAGAUGGAUCAAGAAGGAAAGAUGUUGUUACAGUCUUCCAUGGAUCAAGACCACCUUCUUUGAGUAUUAGACUGUACAUUGAACGCAUCUUUAAGUACUCCAAGUGCAGCAAUUCUUGCUUUGUUGUUGCAUACAUAUACAUGGAGAGAUUUCUGCAUAAGAUGGAUGCAUAUCUUACUUCCUUCAACGUGCACCGUCUUCUGAUCACAAAUAUCAUGGUAGCUGCAAAAUUUUUGGAUGAUGAGUGUUAUAACAAUGCAUACUAUGCAAAAAUAGGAGGAGUAAGCACAGCAGAAAUGAAUAGAAUGGAGAUGAAAUUCCUGUUUAAUUUGGAUUUUAGGCUUCAAGUAACAGUUGAAGGGUUUAGGAAUUACUGUGUGAAACUAGAAAGGGAAGGUGGUGGAGAGUGCCUGAUUGACAGGCCCAUCCAUGCCUGUGGUCCCAAAGAAGAGUGGCAAAACAGAAGUGAUACUCAAAAAGCAUCAACCUAUGCUACUUACAGCCGCAGGACCAUUUAAUGAAAUAACUAUCUUGUCUUGCUACAUGCACUCAGAAUGAACCAGAGAAGGGCAAAAUGGAUUGCAGAGACUCUCUCUGACUUCUUUACUUCCACCAGAAAGAGGGAAAGAAAACCAAACUAAACUGCAAGCAAUGAAUUUCUUACAAGCAUGUGUUGUUCCCUUUUUCUCUAUACCUUUUUCAGGGUAUGUUUGCAAAAAGAAAUCCCUCUCUUUCUCUCUCUCUCUCUCUCUCUCUCUGUGUAUCAUCUGUAUCAACUUCAACCAUACUCACUCUUUCAAAACAACCAAAGGGUAUUGUUCAAUAAAUGAAGACCAUACAAAGCUUGGGGAAUUCCCAUUGUUUGAAUGAAUAAAUUGGAUACGAAUAAUGUAAAUUUGGUCUAAGAAUUCCCUUAUAAUCGCUGUUUAUCCAAUUGCAAUAAAAAUUUCAUAGAA